UCAGGUUUUGUGUGCACAAAACCACUCCCUGGUGAAGUCGGCCAUAUUGAAAUUGCGGAAGGUGGAAGUUUAUCGAAAAGUCACAGUAACGCCAAGAAGGUGAAGGAUCUUGUUCCAAACAUCUCAUGAAACUGAAAAGUUUGGGUAACAGACACCGCUUGAUCAAUUUCAUUGCUGAGAGAUUUGUUUUGUUGUAAUCUGCUUGACGAAGGACGUCAGCCAAUUCUAAGUUCAGUUUUGUAGAAGAAGGAAGGCAGCUGAAACUGCUGUACUAACAAUGAGUGAACUAGAACAGUUGAGGCAAGAAGCUGAAGCACUGAAAGGCCAAAUCAGGGAUGCAAGGAAAGCUGCAGCUGAUACCAACUUUCUACAGGUUACACAAAAUGUUGAACCUGUUGGCAGAGUGCAAAUGCGAACAAGAAGAACAUUGCGUGGUCAUCUUGCUAAGAUUUAUGCAAUGCAUUGGGCAUGUGAUUCAAGGAGUCUAGUCAGUGCAUCACAAGACGGAAAGCUGAUUGUUUGGGAUUCCUACACAACAAACAAGGUACAUGCAAUUCCUUUACGAUCAAGCUGGGUGAUGACCUGUGCCUAUGCUCCAUCAGGGAAUUAUGUUGCUUGUGGUGGCCUGGACAAUAUAUGCUCUAUAUACAGUUUAAAAACAAGGGAGGGGAAUGUCAGAGUGAGCAGAGAGCUUCCUGGCCAUACAGGGUACUUGUCAUGCUGCAGAUUCUUGGAUGACAGCCAGAUACUUACAAGCUCUGGAGACACAACUUGCUCCCUGUGGGACAUUGAAACAGGCCAGCAACUCACUUCUUUUCUUGGUCAUACUGGUGAUGUCAUGAGCUUGUCCUUGUGCAAUGAUGGUGGUAGAACAUUUGUCUCAGGUGCAUGUGAUGCUUCAGCAAAGGUUUGGGACAUUCGUGAUGGUAUGUGCAAGCAAACUUUCACUGGACAUGAGUCUGAUAUCAAUGCUGUAGCGUACUUUCCUAAUGGAAUGGCCUUUGGCACUGGUUCAGAUGAUGCCACUUGUCGUCUAUUUGACAUCAGAUCUGAUCAGGAAUUGUGUGUGUAUUCGCACGAUAAUAUUAUAUGUGGAAUAACUUCAGUGGCCUUCUCAAAAAGUGGGCGCUUGCUGUUGGCUGGCUAUGAUGAUUUUAACUGCAAUGUGUGGGAUACGUUGAAAGGAGACCGUGCUGGGGUUCUUGCUGGUCAUGAUAAUCGUGUGAGUUGUCUUGGAGUUACCGACGAUGGCAUGGCGGUUGCAACUGGUAGUUGGGAUAGUUUCUUGCGGGUUUGGAACUGAUAGACUGACCAUUAAAAACAGUGAAAUGAAAUUGAAAAUGGAGAAACACUUGAUUUAAGUGCUUUGUAAACAACGAAACUGUCCAGACCAAGCGUGUGAUCUGGCUGGCAAAACAAUGCCACUUUCUUGCUCAAAUUACUAGUGCAAUGUUGAAUCAUCGUGUAUCUGGGCUGACUUAGAACAAUUUUCUUUCAUUUAAUUGCAUUUGUUAGUAUGACAUCGGCCGUCUCACAUGCUUACAUACAACUUUUAUGAUUAACCUGUUAAUUAGAUAUCUAUUCGACCUUUGCUCAAUAGUAAAUUAGCAUGAUUAUGUAUCUUAAAGACUCUACGCAAAUAUUGGCAAGUUGAAUUUGUUGAAGUUUUAGUUUUGGUGUUAUUCCAAUCCAUGUAAAUCCCAAGUUAACUGAAUGACUAAGUACCAUUUGCCCAAGCAACAGCUGAAGUUAACGUAGACUCCACCCUGAUUCUAGUUUCAAUUGGCAUGGCGUCGCCAUUUACAGAGGCACUUCUCUCGCUGCUGCAACCAUUCCAGCUCUCCAUCCUUUAACGCUCUCGGUGCAUUCUACAUGUCACGUUUCCUUUUUUCUAAGCCCCAGACCUCUCCUUGAAGCGUUGCCAAAACUUAAUGGGUUUGCCUCGUCGUUUCUGGGGUUUCAGUUUUCUCUGUAAGUAAUUCAGUGGAUGAUUUAUCACAUUCAAGCAAUCUGAGCCUUUUAUUACCGGAAUUCCAAUAUAGUCAUAGCGAAAUCCCGGUAUGUUAUUUCUGGAGAACGAGUGGCAUAUGCAGCUUUUUAUCGAAUGAAGGCUGCAUCGCGUGUACCAUUGGCAAAUGUUCAUCAAUCAGCUGUAUGUCAGCCAUUGAAGAGAUUUUAAGAUUUGAUAUUGCCAUUAUGUAAGAUAUGAUGUCGAUAAAAGGACUAUUGUUAAUUAACUUUCUUCAGUGUA